CUUUCCCUGCAAAAGAGCCUGGGGAAGCCAAAACCUUUCUUAAGCUGGGAGUUUGCGAACUAUAGCAGCCCUGAGCCCACUACUUGAUACCUCUGCUAACUGCCUGGCUGUAGCUCGUCAGGCCCCAAACCUGACCCCUGGCCCAGUGUGCAUUCUCGUAGUGUGACAUCCCCACAGCUGGCCUUUGGCUUAGUCAUUUGAUUCAUUCAGGACAGAUAGUACCAAUCUGAGCCCAGACACUCAACCCUCUCUCCCUUCCCCUCCACAGGCUUGAGAGUAUGCGGCUUCUCCCUCCCCUUUCUUCCAUGGACCACCCAUUGUGGCUUUCUUCUCAGAGCUUGUGAAACUGGUAGACUAGCCAGGAACAAUGCCCCAGACUCCCACAAGACUAAUCAGCCCAUAUGGCUCUGAUAGGUUGGUACAGUUAGCUGCUAGGCUCCGGCCAGCACUGUGUGAUACCCUGAUCACUGUAGGGGGCCUGGAGUUCCCUGCCCAUAGCCUAGUGUUAGCAGGUGCAAGCUCAAGGCUGGGUUGCAAGGGCAGGUGGGCUCUGGUUGAAGGCAUAAGCCCUUCUACCUUUGCUCAGCUUCUGACCUUUGUAUACGGAGAGAGUGUAGAGCUACAGCCUGGGGAGCUGGGGAACCUCGAAGAGGCAGCCAGAGCCUUGGGGGUACAGGCCUUGGAAGAGGCAUGUAAGAGAGCUCAAAGGAGCAAGAAAGAUGAUGAGCUGGAUCCAGGAUUGAAGAGGCACCAGCAAUCAGAAUUCAUGAGGGGUUCUGAGAGAGGACUGGGGGGUCCUGGAGAGAAACAGAAACCAGAGGAUUUUAGAAAUAAGGAGAGAGAACAGGAGAUGUCACACAAGCACAAAGCACCCGGAGAGAGCCCUGAGAUGGCAGGAGUAACUAGGAUGAUGAGCUCAGAGGAGGCACUCAGUCCAGCCCCUGUGGGUUACAGAGGAGCAGAAACAAAGCAAGCAGAGGUCAUGAAAGGUAUAGCGAGCCACCAUGGCUCUGAGGAGAGUCUUCGUGGGUGUCCGGGUCCACUUUCCCCACCAGGUUCCCUCCUCACUAGCCUCCUUCCCAGGCCCUGGUGGGCUGAAGCCCCAUGGUUGGGGGAGGGCCAGCCUGCCUUGUGGAGCAUCUUAUUGUGGCCGUCCAGAUAUGGCACUCCCUUCUCCCAUAGUACCCCCAUCACUGCGGCCUGGCAGGUCUGGCCUCCAGAUCAGAGGAUCCCACUGACCUUGAGCCACUCCAAAGGUCUUUGGAGUCAGAAUCAGCUGGCUUCCUCUAGCCCCACUCCAGGCACACUGGCAACCUGUGUGAGUCAAGAACGCACAUUGAACUGCCCAUCUCACCAACGCCCUUCUUUACCCUCUCCUGCUCGCUCUCGGCCCUUUUCUUGCUCUGUCUGUGGAAAGCGGUUUUCACUCAAGCAUCAGAUGGAGACACAUUACCGAGUCCACACAGGAGAGAAGCCCUUCUCCUGUAGCCUCUGUCCUCAGCGCUCCCGGGAUUUCUCUGCCAUGACCAAGCACCUGAGGACACAUGGGGCUGCUCCCUAUCGCUGCCCUCUGUGCAGGGCUGGCUGCCCUAGCCAGGCGUCCAUGCAGGCGCACAUGCGUGGCCACUCGCCCAGCCGGCUGCCUCCUGGAUGGACCAUACGCUCUACCUUCCUCUACUCUUCCUCGAGGCCAACACGGGCCUCCAUCUCUCCCAGUAGUUCCGCCUCCUCCGCUGCCACCUGACCCGUUGUUGGUAGCUUCUCUGGCUUGACAAGACUCCAACCAAAGAAUAGACUAAAAGGCAGAAGAGUUCAGCUGGCGGCGCUGUCGCUAGGGCGGCCUGGCAAAUUUAUCCGCAGAAGAGCUGCUGGACAGGAGCUUCGAACCCUCUCCGGAUGAGCGAGUUGCAGAAGCCUCGGCCAGCUGGCAAGUCCGAGUUAAGGACAGUUAACUUGGUGAAGAUUAACUGGGGGCUGUCAAUUUCAUCACUAUAAUAAAGUUUCCUGUGCUCUCCAGUCA